UACUUGCAUGUACCUUGGGUAGGUACCUACUUACCUCACUUACAUACUGUAGAAACUUACUUACUGUCCUGUUAUUUCCACCUUCAAGUUUCUCGCCCCUUUUACGCUAAUUCUAUUCACUAUUUCUCCGGCGCUAUUGUCUAAUAAUACCUCGAUCGUCUGGCAAGCGAUUGGGACUGGUUUUCUUCUAUUAUAUUGCUCUUUAUUGGCGUUACCCUUCUUCUCCUAUCUUUUCUGUACAUCUGAAUUAAAUUUUGCUUCUCUUUUCAGGGUUCUCACCACCGUCUUAUCCUUGUCAGUCACGCAUUGCGUUGACUCCGCCGCAGACUGUUUGAAGGAACGUUGCGGUAUCCGUAAAAUAGGAGUCGCCUAGUCGGAGACCUUUUUACAUUUCAACUGAGCUGGCGACUACACCUCUCCAACGAUAACGCGAAUUUGGGAAGAAUAUUAUUUUACCUCGCGCCCAUCAUGAGACUACGCCAACAACAAACGCCGCUCAUCCUCUUACUUCUACCCUCCCUAGCUCUCGUUACAUCAGCUCUAGAUGCAAAAUCCGCCAAAGAUGUUUCCGCUGUAGGCGUGGGUAGUGCAUCGUCCCAACCUCUCGAUUCAGCCUCUACGUCUUCGAAGUCCACCAAGGUCGACGUCGGUACCAAAAUCGCGCCAGUGGACGGUAAAGAUGGGAUGCCACACGAGGGUCCUUUCGUAACGACUGACAAGGGGCGCAAGAAGGGCGACGCCAAUGAUGUCGUAGAAACCAAGCCUCCCCCUUCCUUAAAAGACCGGCCGGUAGAUCAUAUAGUCAUCGAUGGGAAGAAGAUACCUGAGAGUAAUGAUGGGGUCAUGGACGACCCCCAUCGUCAGCCUCCUAAACAAGGUACCACCGGUACUGAGGGGGGGGUGAGUGAGAAGGACAAAGCUAAGAAAGCCAAAGAAGGUGUGACUGGGGAAAAGGUUGAGAACGUGCCUCAAAAGCCAAAGGAGAAACCGCCAUUACCGCACAGCGAGCAAGAAAAGAUUACCAGCGAAAGGGUUAAUAAGAAGGAGAAGGGCAAAGUUGACCUACAGACACCAGAAGAUGUUGCCGGGCUUGAGAAACCAUUAGACCUACCAGGUAAACUGCGUGAUGACCCAAAUCCCGUUCCAGACUCGGCGAACAAAGAUCACCUUGACGUAUCGAAACCUACCAAAUCUACCCCUAAAACUUGGGAGCAAGAUGGCGAGGGUAACGAAGGUCUCAUUCAGCCCUUCCACUCGUUUGUGCUCUCUCUUACUAUGAUCCUCUUCUCCGAAGUGGGCGACAAAACCUUCCUGGUAGCCGCGCUCAUGGCCAUGAAGCAUGAUCGUAUGCUUGUGUUCUCGGCUGCUUUUGGUGCUUUGCUAGUUAUGACUGUGUUAUCUGCUGUGAUGGGUCAUACAGUACCAGCUCUGAUCCCAAAGCGAGUAACGACUUUCUUGGCCGCAGGGCUCUUUUUCAUUUUCGGCGCGAAGUUGCUACGAGAGGGAAUGGCUAUGGAUCCGAACGAAGGUGUCACAGCAGAGAUGCAAGAGGUUGAGAUGGAGCUGCAGGAAAAAGAACACCAAGCAGUAAAACAAGGUAGACGACGCUCCUCUUUGUCUCCGUACACCCUAGAGAUGGGGCUUAACAGCAAUCGGAAGCCAAGAUCCCAGUCUCGGUUCCCGACUCCUCCCCGUAGCCCCUCAACCUCCCCAGGUCGGAGCCCGUCACCUCAGCGUGGCCUCUUUAGCGGAUUCGGCGUUGGUCUAUCAAACCUCUUUUCACUCCUUCUAAGUCCCGCAUGGGUACAAACGUUUGCUAUGACCUUCUUUGGUGAAUGGGGAGAUCGUAGUCAGAUCGCGACAAUUGCUAUGGCUGCUGGUCAAGACUACUGGUGGGUAACGUUGGGUGCUGUGUUGGGCCAUGCAUGCUGUACCGGUGUCGCUGUCCUCGGCGGCCGAGCAAUUGCCGGCAAAGUGAGCUUGAGAGUUGUAACGAUAGGUGGUGCUAUAGCUUUUUUGGCUUUUAGCCUUAUCUAUUUCGUCGAGGCGAUUUACGCGUAACAUCCUUUUCUUUCUCGUUCGUCGAGUAAUUCGCCUAAUUCCCUCCCAAAUUCGAUACGGCUCACGAUUGCGAACGGCUUCAACGAGUAGAGGACUGGAGGUAGCUAUUCAACUUCCAGCAGGUUUCUCCAUCUACGAGACGCAGUUCACAUGGGUCUAUGCGACAUAGGGUAAAAGAAACUGGCCGGCGUAGGACGAUUUCGAAUUCAUGCCGUUACCACUGGGUCAAGAAAGUUACACCCGAAACACAAAAGGGACGGGGCAGGCUGUUGCAUGGGUGGUGUUUGGCAUAUAAAAUAAGUAGAUUCGUCUACGGGGAUCGGCCAAAGAUGACCAUUAAUCAUGUCUUUGCAGAAUUACCAAACAAACAAGUGGCCAAAAUGGAGGCCCAUGGGGAUUUACGGACUCCCGGAUGUAAGUUAAUAGAUAACUUGUGAUUUAUCAACGCUGGGCUAGGAAUAUAAUAUAUACCUCUCAUGGCUGGCCGGAAGUUACAAAAAGAGCGAAUAAUGCCGCAUUCCUCGAAUAGGUGCAGAAGAAAGCUGGUACAAUAGAAGGAAAAUAUACCAUGACAUGUAUGCACAGGCCGGUGACAGAUGCAAGUCUACCUAGAUUGGGCACUCCGAUUUGCUCGACUCUCCCCGCCUUUGGCUAC